UUCAGGGCACCUUUAAAAGGAAGUCAUUGAGCUUAUGUAGCUCAUAAUAGCUUCAGGUCUUCUAGUGAGAGUAAUUUCUUCUUUGCUUAGUCAACCAUUGUCUAUAUCAUGUGUGAGGUAUUUUUAGGAGCCUGGAAACUCAUUUCUAGUGAAAACUUUGACAGCUAUAUGAAAGAACUGGGGGUGGGUUUUACUACUAGGAAACUUGGCAGCCUGGACAAGCCCAGUGUGAUCAUCAGCAUCAAUGGGGAUAUAAUAACCAUCAAGACAGAGAGCACCUUUAAAAACACAAAGAUCUCCUUCAAGCUGGGAGAAGAGUUUGAAGAAACCACAGUAGAUGACAGGAAAACCAUGGUGAGGGCUAAUCCUUCAGGAUGUCCUGCAAAGGACACCUGGAGCACUGUAACCGUGGACAAUGGCUCCCUGACUCAGGUGCAGAAGUGGGAUGGCAAACAGACCACAAUCAAGAAAGCGCUGGUGGAUGGGAAGAUGGUUGUGGAAUGCACCAUGAACAAUGUCACCUGCACUAGAGUCUGAGAGAGCAUGAGGAAUUCCCGUCUCCACACCAGAACAGAUUCUCAGCAGCAAGUUCUGAUCGAGGACUAGCUGCACUACACUGCUGUCUGCUUGCACAAGCAUCUUGCUUCACCUUGAGAGACGAAUGCAUUCAAAGCAGUUCUGUAACUAAUUUGAGCUAUUGGUGACUGUGGCUAUUAAAUAAGUCGCUUCUGAACACAUG